AUGAUGGCCGCCCAUCGGUCUCUUAGUCGGUCCAUCCCCGCGCUCCGCGCUGCCUCUCCCCGCACGACGGUGGCCAGCAUUUCACCCGCCAGGGCAGCUGCGGCAUCAGCGUCUCGCUCUAUUGCGACUUCAUCUAUGUCUUCAUCCCGCGUACUAGCAUCACAGGCCUUAUCAAAUGGCCCCGUGGCCGCGCGACGCAGGCUUCACGCCACUGCUCAACAGCUCACCCCCGCAACUACAUCCGCGGCUAGUACCGCCACCGAAUACCCGACGAGCCACGAAGCCGUCACCAACCCAAUUGAUACAACCAACUUCCGCGACAAUGAGUUCCUACCUUCCAAGGCGAGCACAUGGAUUGAUCUGUUUGACCCCGCCACCAACAACCUCGUUACCCGUGUACCUCAAAGCACCGAUGAGGAGCUCCGCGCCGCUGUUGACUCGGCUCAGAAGGCCUUCCCCGCUUGGAGGGCCACAAGUGUUAUGGCUAGACAGCAGAUUAUGUUCAAAUUUGUGAACCUUAUCCGUGCUAACUGGGACCGUCUGGCUGCGUCCAUUACUCUUGAGCAGGGUAAGACCUUCGCCGAUGCCAAGGGUGACGUUCUCCGUGGUCUGCAGGUGGCGGAAACUGCCUGUGGUAUCACUACCCAGAUUACCGGCGAGGUUCUGGAAGUAGCCAAGGACAUGGAGACUCGAAGCUACAGAGAGCCCCUAGGAGUUGUGGCCGCUAUCUGUCCAUUUAACUUCCCCGCCAUGAUUCCCCUCUGGUGUAUUCCUAUUGCUACAAUCACCGGUAACACUCUUGUCAUGAAGCCCUCUGAGCGUGACCCUGGAGCGGCCAUGAUCCUGGCAGAAUUGGCCAAGGAAGCAGGCUUCCCUCCUGGCGUUAUCAACAUUAUCCACGGCUCUGCCAAGACCGUCGACUUCAUCCUGGACGCCCCUGAGAUCAAGGCCAUCAGUUUCGUCGGUGGCAACCGUGCUGGAGAGUACAUCUACACCCGUGGUUCCGCCAACGGCAAGCGCGUGCAGGCCAACCUUGGAGCAAAGAACCACGCUGCUGUGCUGCCUGAUGCCAACAAGAACCAAACCCUCAAUGCCAUUGUUGGAGCAGCCUUCGGUGCCGCAGGCCAGCGUUGCAUGGCUCUCAGCACCGUUGUCACAGUCGGCGAGACAAAGGAGUGGCUCCCGGAGAUGGCAGAGCGAGCCAAGGCCCUAAACGUCAACGGAGGGUUCGAAGAUGGUGCCGACCUUGGUCCCGUCAUCAGCCCCGAGAGCAAGAAGCGCAUCGAAGAUCUGAUCGCUAGCGCUGAGAAGGAGGGCGCCACCAUCCUCCUUGAUGGAAGAAACUACAAGCCCGAGAAGUACCCCAACGGCAAUUUCAUCGGCCCCACCAUCAUCACUGGCGUUACCCCAGACAUGACGUGCUACAAGCAGGAAGUUUUCGGUCCUGUCCUUGUCUGCCUGGAAUCUGAAACCCUCGACGACGCCAUUGAACUCAUCAACAAAAACGAAUACGGUAACGGCGCAGCUAUUUUCACCUGCUCUGGUCCCACUGCUUCGAAAUUCCAGAAGGAGAUCGAAGCCGGCCAGAUCGGUGUGAACGUCCCCAUCCCCGUCCCGCUCCCGAUGUUCUCCUUCACCGGUAACAAGAAGAGUAUUGCCGGUGGUGGUGCGAACACAUUCUACGGCAAGCCUGGUCUUCAAUUUUACACACAACAGAAGACAGUGACGAGCUUGUGGCGCGCUGAGGAUGCUGUCAGCACCAAGGCUAAUGUCGUGAUGCCGACACACUCAUAA